CAAAUUACAACACUUCCGCAGUGUGCUACACAUGUGAUUUUGUUGCCGUUCUGAAGACUCAAGCGUUCACGUGUAUUGAAAAUACAAAAAUAAGUAAAAUGGCUAAGAGUAAACCACAGGAUCCAGAACCCAAAUGCAGUGUGUCCAAGAAGAAGAAGUUACAUUCAAAUGAGCAGGAUGUCAGUAUGGAUGUAAACGUGGAAAGAAAAGUGAAAAAGAAAAAGAAAGCAAAGACUGACACAGAGGUACCCAUCAUAGCUUUGUCAAAGCCGGUAUCUGAGGAGGCUCCGACAACAAAUUUAAAGAAACGCAAACAACCAACAGAACACAUACGGAAGGUGAAGAAGAAAAAGAAGGCUAAAAUUUCUGAGACAACUAAGCCAUUAAAACAAGAGGAGGAGGAGGAAGACGAGGAGGUGAUGGAGGGAGAGGAAGACUUGAGCCCCGAAGAAAGACGAGUAUUGGACAGAAAGAUGAAAAAGAUUCUGAAGAAGGAUAAAAAGAACAAGUUGAAAAUGGAGGGAAAGACAGAGGAGAUGGUGGACGCUCACAAACCCAUCGCCCCCCAGCAGGCACUAGACUACCUGAGCUGCUGGGCUGAGAACCGAAAGGAAUGGAAGUUCCAAAAGACUAGACAGACGUGGUUACUACAGCACAUGUUCGACACAGAGAAGGUUCCAGACGAGAGCUUCUCGCUGCUGCUGCAGUACCUUGAGGGUCUGCGAGGAGUGGCCAAGGACACCACCGUGCUGAAGGCCGAGGCGCUGACCCGGGAACAUGAGGGAUCAGAGGAAGAAGAGGCCCUGAAGAAGACAGACAGAGCCAGAGAGAUCAUCCAGCUGUUGUCCUGACCCUACACCACCUACACCACCGCCUGUGGCACGAUACCGUCAUCAGUUAACUGUUUUAUUACUGUUCUACACAAUAAAAUAGUCUUUCAAUUGUUUCUUUCAGAAAAGCAGAAAGAAUAUCUGGCUGCAUUUAUUCCAUUUAAGGUAACCUAUAAACAAGAUAACUAUUCAACCAAGUAGCCUUUGAAAGGAUCUAUACUUGACUGGGCUUGCCUGCUGCACAACAGUCAAUGUUCCUGAAAGAGCAAACCCUGUUAGUCUUUCACCCUGUCCAGACGAGAUUUCCAAUAAGCACAUAACUGUGGACUGCUUGAAAAGGAUGAAUACGUUGUAUCAUACUGCUUAUUCAAUUACAAGUGAUACCCACUAGAUGGCAGUAAGACUUUAUAUACUAAUGACAAGAGAAGCUUGGGAGUUAAAGUAGAUCAAUAUCAAUGGAUUUACUUGGCAACGGUCUCAAUCAGUCACGUUACACAGUUUUAUCUUAAUACAUUUUAUAUAGUUUAGAGAGUGAAAGACAUACCACUGAUGGAGAAAGAUGUUGAAUUGUGUUAUGCUUUGGUGGAGUGGGUUGAAUCCUGAUGUUUAUGUCCCUUAUUAUUAUUACUAAUGGGCACAUUUAAGUCUCAUUCCCUUUCUGUGUGUAUUUGAUCAAGGUCAAUAAGGCAUAAUGUUUCACAAACUGUAAUAGUCUUGAAACAUUUGUAAAUGUCUAAGAUAUAGGGAAGAAUUUAAAUGGGAUGUCCUAACUAAAUGCAACAGGAGAGAUGUGGUGAACAUGUUGAAUAAAUACACUUCAGUAAUGCAGGAUGUCAACUCCAUUUUAAGUCAGUUUGAAAAAACACAGUUGUGGGAGAUGAGAGGGAGGAGGAGGAGAACUUGGGGACAGGAGCACAUUGGUGAACAAGCCAAACCACCUGCCACUUACUGUGACCAGGGUCAACCCAUUCAGGAAGGCUGUGAACAGGGGUUUUGGUUACUCAUGAUGUUUUACGGAUUAUGAAAGAUGGAUGUUAUUCCAUUGUGCGUUGUAAAUGAUGUGUUUUGAAUCGUUUUCAUCCUCAAUCAAUAAAAGAAAUAUGAAAACAUUACAGUCA